GCUUGCUAUAGGCAGUAGUUAAUUUUUGUUAGAUCGGAACAGACGUGAAUUUUAAAUAAGUAUAUAAUAUUACAACAAGAUCAGUGUAAUUACAUACAUAUUAUAUGUCCAUAAUUGGAGGAUCGUUAAUAAACUAAAAAGACAUUAAAUUCAUAUAUUUUUUGAUUUUUACCUUUCUAAACCAAUUUUUUUAAUUAUAUUAUUUCUGACCGUCCCUAUUGAAAUUAAAAAUGGACAAAUCACACACAGUUGAUAUGGAUGCCUUUACAGUUUGCAUGCAAGAUCCUCAGGUUCUUUUAUCACAAGCACUUGAAAAGAGGAAUUUAUUGGAUUUUAAAAUCGCUAUAGAUAUGGAAGCUGAUCCAACAAAAAUGGAUUCACAGACUAAUAUUAGUGUAUUCGAGAUGGCAUUAAAAACAUAUGGAUGUUCAGAUUUUGUUGAUGAAUGUAUUCGGCGUGGAUGUAAAUGCGAUUAUAUAAAUCGUCGUACAAAUAAAGCACCUAUAAAUUAUGCAGCAGAUUCAAGAGAUCCAAAAAUUAUGGCCAGUAUUUUGUCAGUAAAAAAUGUACCAGUUAAUACAAAAUACUCAAAUUUAACUCCAUUAAAUAGUCUUGCGAAAAAUUUAACAUCUGAAAAUUAUUUGGAUGUUUUUGAAUGUAUAAAACUUUUAAUUGACUAUGGAGCAAAUCCAAAUAUACCAGAUCAAAGAGAAUUUACACCAAUUCUAUAUAUUAUUGAUAAUAAACAUUUAAAUAAUAUAAAUAAAAAAGAAAUGAUUAAAUAUUUAUUAAAUAGUUGUCAAAUCGAUUUGGAUACAUUCCGUGAUGGUAAGGCCCGACAACUUUUAAUGAAUCAAUAUCCUGAUAUUAAAUUACCAGAUGAAAAUAGUGAUACAAUUAGUUAUGAUGCACUUAUAUCAUAUAUUCGAAAUGGAAAUGAAGAAAAUUUUAUUAAUAAUUAUAAUAAAUAUUUAACAAAUAGUUCCGGUGAUAAUCAACAAAAUUUACGUCAAGAAGAAAAUUUAUCAUUAUUAUUGGAAGCUAUACAAAAUGGUCAAAAUAAUGCAUUUAAAUUAAUUAAAGAGACUGGUAAUUGUAAUUUGAAUACAAAACGUACUGAUAAGAAUCCAUUGAAAAUUGCUUGUGUAUGGGGUAAUAAUGAAGCAUUAAAAGAACUUUUAAAUGAUGAUAGUGUUGUUGUUUCAAAAACAGAUAAUCUUCUUAAAACUAUUAUACAAAAAUUAGAUGAAAAAUCAUAUAAUAGUUUUACAAAUUAUAAUGCAUGUUUUUAUACAUUAUUAAAUUCUGAUAAAAUUGAUGUAAAUGAAAUUGAUCCAUCCGGUACAUCAGCACUAUAUUAUGCAAUUAAAUAUAAAAAUGAGAAGGCAAUAAAUGAACUUUUACAACGUGGUGCUUAUAUGGGUACAAUGAGUCAAUUUAAUGAUAUUUCAAUAACUGAUAUUAGUCCAGAAAUAUUAGAAAAUUAUCUUGAUUCAUGUGUUAAAACGAAUGGAUUAAAACCUGGUGAUAAUCUCUUUGAAAUUACUAUUAAUUAUAGUAAUCUUAUUCCGACUUGUAAGGACAUAAAGAAUCAAACAAAUAAUACAGUGAAAUGUGAAAUGACACCAAUUGAAUAUAUUGCUGAAACAAAGGAAUUGAAACAUCUUUUAAAACAUCCCGUUAUUACAAGUUUUUUAUUUUUAAAAUGGCAUCGUCUCUCAUUAAUUUUUUAUAUAAAUUUCCUUUUAUAUUCAAUAUUUUGUGCAUCAUUAGUUACAUUUAUUAUAUUGAAAUUUAAUAAUACUGCCGGUGAUGCAAUUGUAAACAUAUUUUAUUUACUAUCACUUGUUGGAUUAGUUUAUAUGAUAUUAAGGGAAUUAUUACAAUUUAUAAUGUCACCGAGUGGAUUUUUAAGAUCACAAAUAAAUUAUAUGGAAAUUAUAUUAAUAAUAUUAACAAUAGUAACAUUAAGUGAACCGAAUUAUGAAAAGGAAACACAAAGAGUUUUGGCAGUAUUUACAAUAUUAUUGGCAACACUUGAACUCUGUUUAUUAGUUGGUUCAUUACCAGUUUUAUCUAUAUCAACGCAUAUGCUAAUGUUAAGAGCUGUUUCAGAAACAUUUUUAAAAUGUUUUGCAUUAUAUUCAAUGUUUGUUAUAACAUUUAGUAUUUCAUUUUACAUAUUAUUUGGUAAACCAGGUAGUAAAGGAAAUGGAACUGAAACAGAUAAUGGUGAAAAUGGUUCUGGAAAUGACAAUGAAAAUGGUGAUGAAGGAGAAUUUAAUAAAUUUGCAAAUCCAUUUACAGCUAUUAUUAAAACUAUUGUUAUGUUAACUGGAGAAUUUGAUGCUGGCGAUAUUGAAUUCAAUUCAUUUUAUAGCUAUUUAGUAUUUCUUUUAUUUGUAUUCUUUAUGUCAAUUGUAUUAUUCAAUUUGCUUAAUGGUCUGGCUGUUAGUGAUACACAGGCUAUUAAAUCACAAGCAGAACUUAAUGGUUCCAUUUGUCGUACAAUAAUAUUAUCGGGUUAUGAAAGAGCUCUAUCUGGUAAAGAUGGCCGAACGUCAUUUAUUGUUAAUCAUGAACCAUUCCGUUCAAUUUGUAAACGAUUAAUAAAUAUAUUCCCCGAUUUAAUACAUGGUAAUCAAAUAUCAAUUUUACCAAAUGAUCGUAAUCGUAUUAUGAUACCAAUACAAAAUUCAACUGAAAUGGGAACAUUUGUUAAAGUAAAUGGAGUCGAUAGUGCUCUAUUAAAAAAGACAUUCGCCAAUGAAUCAGAACGUGAAAAACGAUUAAUUGAUCCACCAGUUAAAUUAUUACCAUGCUGUUGUUCUUAUAUAACAAAUCGUUGUUCAGAAAUGGAUGUAAGAACUGUAAAAACAGCAUUAGCAAUAAUUGAAAAGAAAGAAAAGCAUAAAAGAAAUGAAAGUCGUAUUCAAAAAAUGGAAGAAAAUAUUAACCGAAUUUUGCAAAUUUUGGAAAGUAAAAAUUAUUAAACUUAAAUAUCUUAUUUUUUAAAUAUUUUUUCAUUUUAAAUAUUAUUAUUUUAUAACAUGAAUAAUGUAUUUUAACAACAAUUCUUAAGUGAUAAAUUAUUGAUUCUUUAUAUAAAAACAAAAGCAAAUAAAAUUUGUUAAUUAAGU